AUGGAGCCUGAGAGUGAAACCCCAAUGAUGGAAAAACCCCAAGAAGACAGCGAAAACAUGGAUCUCUCCCAUAAAUUACCUAAGAGACAGCUCACCCUGUUGUACGAAGAGGUCCUUUAUACCAUUCUCCAUCGUGUGGGCCAAGUGGAACAGAAUCAUGUUACUGAUUCAGAUGAGCUCUAUGAAUAUGUGCAAAAGGCCUUCAGUAUUGAUCCAGAAGAGCAUCAAAUUAUAUUACAGAGGGUCAAAGAGCUAGAGAGGCCAAUUUUUUGUCUUAAAGCCACGGUGAAGCAAGCCAGAAGUAUUCUGGGUAAAGAUGUCAGUGUGUUCCUUUGCAUUGGUCAUGUUUUUUUAACUGUUUCUUCCAGGGAGUUUGAAGAUAUAGAAAACGCUGAAUUCCAGCUAGAUAUAUGGGAUUUUGAUGCUGUUGAACCUGUACGGCAGAAACUGGAGGAACUGACUGACCUCCGUGGCCUGAAGAGAAUUAUUAAGGACGCUCGUAAAAAUAAAGGACAAGACGAUUUCCUGGGAAAUGUGGUCAUUCGUCUGCAGGACCUGCAUUGUCGGGAGGAUCGCUGGUACAGGCUGGAACCUCGCACUGAUACUUACCCCAACCGAGGGCAUUGCCACCUGCAGUUUCUUUUGGUACAUAAGAAGAGAGCUACUUCGGCCAGCAAGACACAGGCAAAUUACACAGUUCAUCGGCAACUUCUUCAGCAGAUUGUUUCAUAUGAGAUUCUUCAAUACCAGGCUGGCAGCACUUCCUGGGAUGGAGAGUUAAGCAAAUAUGCCGGUACUAUCCUGUAUCUACACGCUACUCAAAAAGACAUUUCGGAUUUCCACCAAGACUUGGUGCACUGGCUGGCUUACAGCAAGCUCUAUCAGUUCUUGGAGUUCAACAGCAGCUGCCUGCUCCAUCAGAUAACCAGCAUAGAAUAUCAAUGGAUUCAAGGCCGAUUACGAUCUGAGCAGUUCUGCCAGUUCUGUGAGACCAGAAGAUGGAAAGAACCUGAUAUCUCCUUGAGCAUCAGGAAAAGAGAGAAGCCCGAAGCACAUAAGAAGGUUUUGGUCCAAAUGUGUAAAAUGAAAGCCUUCAAAGAACUUUGUACUCCGACUCCUGAUCUUGAAGAAAUGGUAAUAGAGGCACUUAAGACUAUGGAGGAAUGUGGCAAAGCUCUGGUCUGUCUUCUUCUGGAGGUGAAUGCAGAUCUCCAAGAGUGCCACAACACCUGGAACAAAUAUUUCAUCAGCACCAUGAGACUAGAUCUCUUCUCAAUUGCAUAUCUUAAAAUGCAGGAACUGGUUUCUCGUUAUGUCAAAGAGCAGCUGAGCAAGAUUGACAGCGGCAUGUCCCAAUUAACAGCAGAGAGCCUUUUCCAACUUUAUCUCAGCAUGAAGGAGUUCUAUCGCAUGAAGGAUUUUGUGUGCAGCAGGGAUACCCCUCUUGCAUUGACUGGUUUCCACCUAUGGUUUAAAGAAGCCAUUCCCUUGUGGCUACAGAAGACCUACACAAUAGCUCUAGAAAGGACCCAAAGAGCCAUCCAAGUGGACCAGUUGACACCACUGGGAGACCUGAAUAAACACAGUACAUCCAUUGUUGACCUAUCCACUUGUUAUGCUCAGAUGGUGAAGACCUGGCAACAGCUGGAUUGGCCUGAUCCUGAGGAGGCCUUUAUGAUCAUGGUGAAAUUUGUCGAGGACACGUGUAAACUUGCUCUGAUGUACUGUCAGAUGAUCAAAGGAAGGGCAGAGGCAUUGUCUUCCAAUCAAAGUGACGCAGGACAAGCAGCAAACAGGCUCUGUGUUGUGGUGAACAACAUUGAGCAGCUCCGGAUGAUGAUCCUGAAGUUGCCCAAUCAGCUGAACUGGGCAUGCUUGGAACAGAACGCCGGACCUGUCAUUACCCCCGAGCAGAUCCAGCACACGCUGCAUCAUCAGCUUCAGGCUUCUAUUUCCUGCCUCAACAAUGAGAUCCGAAGAGUGGUGCAGACUCUGGGAAUCAAAAUGGAUGCUAGAAUUGCCCAACACAUCCAGGAACUGUCUGUUUGCAGUGACGCUGAUAACCCAGAGGAUUGCAUCACACCUUUAAUGAGAUUCUUGGAGUAUGAGCUUCAGUAUCUAAACAUGAACCUUGUCCAGGAAAAUUUUAACAGUCUUCUGGAGCUUCUGUGGAAUCACACCUUGGACUUGCUAAAAGACGCUACAAAACACCAAGUUGGAAAAUUGGACUACUUUAGGAAAUUCCAAUUUGCCCUCCAGAGCUUGGAACUUUGCUUUUAUGGAGAAGGCUGUGGACUAUCCAAAGAGGCCCUUCACACACCAGCUUUUAUAGCUCUGGAGAAAGAGUUGGAUCUUUGCUCCUCCACCAGCAGAAAACUUAUUGAAAAGUAUUUCAGUGCUCGAAUCCAGCAGCAGGAAGAGGCCACUCCUGAAAAAUAUGGUGCUGUGACUAUCAAAGCUUUUUACCGUCACUCAGAACAAAAACUGUACGUUGAAGUACUCAAUGCGGUUAAUCUUCUUCCCAUGGACUCAAAUGGCUUAAGUGACCCCUUCAUCCAACUCACUCUGGAGCCACAUCAUGAGUUCCCUGAGAUUGCAACACGGACAACUGAGUGCAUAAAGAACAAUCUCCACCCUCUGUUUGAUGAAGACUUUGAGUUUUUGGUUCCUCCAGAAAAAUGUCAGCAAGAUGGAGCAUGUCUGCUGCUUACAGUGUUUGACUAUGACACCUUGGGAAAAAAUGACCUGGAAGGAGAAGCUUUCCUCCCACUCUGCAGGGUCUUGGGACUGAAUGAGCCUGAAGAGUCAAUCAACCCAUCCAGAGUACCACAGAUCCGUUUAUCCUUAACUCAUCCGGGAACUGCUGGCAAUGACAUCCUGAAGCUCCUGGGGACCCGGAAAGGAGACAAGGAAGCACAAGCCUUUGUGAAGCUACGCAGACAAAGAGCAAAGUAUUCCAAGGAGCUGGCAUGAUGCAGUCAAGCAAAAUGGGUUAAAGCACAGGUUGAACCAAGGUACAGCAGAAGUUCUGCUGCCAUGGCAACAGCUGAUCAUACGGGAGUGUAGGAAGCCACGAGGCUCUUGUUCUUCCUCCUGUUGGCUUUGAUGCAACAAACCAGACACUGGAGGCUCUUUAUCUGUGCAAAUUGAAACUGCCGGUUGUGUUUCAAUGAACAACUGAUGUAUUUUCAUUCAAGAGACAAUAGCAAGGAGCCAUCCCACCCAGCCCACUCCCCACUCAAUAUUCUUUCUUUGCUGCAGGAGUUUGAAAAGUACAAAAAAGAAGGGGAAUGUCGAAACCUGCUGCAGGCUGUCCUAAGCUGAUCUACGCCCGUCAUUAUGUGUGCAAUGCAGCUCUGCUGGGAAGAACCAGGCUGUUUGAGUAGUGAAGCUUGUGAUGAGCCUCUUGUGGACCUUCUGCAGGAAAUUUUUACUCUGUGCUCCAGAUGGCACGGGAAAGGGGCUCCCGAGGGAAAGAAAAUAAACAUUUUGG